GCUCAUCUCCCUGGCAGCGCCGCUCGGCUCGGUCCCUCAGCGCAGAUCUUCUGCUCCUUCCCACACUCGCGCUCCUCGGUCCCAAGGACCGGAUCUUCCGCGCGUCGGCGGCUCCCCCUCGGCGGCGUCCAGCGAGGAGGGGCAGUCCCAGGCUCGGCGGCGGCGUCGGCGGCUCCCCCCACCUUCUCUCGCCAGUCGCCUCGCGCCCUCGCCUGCGUCCUCCGAGCACCGGCCGACGACCCUGCGAUCAGAGGAGCAAAGACCAUUACUUAUCAUAAGAAAGAUUCUAGUUGGUGGAAGCUUUUAUCUGUAGUUGGACUGUGAUGAAUUUACUGGUCUUGAGUAUAGAGUAGGCAAUCUGCAGUUUAGUGGAACUCAAUGGGUUCUUCUCCUUCCAAAGCCACUGGAGAGGAUGCCCUUGUUCUGUGCAAGGAUCGGAUGCGCCAUAUCAGACAAACCAUUGACUCAAGGGAUGCACUGUCAGCAGCGCACUUAUCUUACACACAAUCCCUCCGCACUGUGGGUACUGCACUGCGGCGGUAUGCUGAGUCUGAGAUCUCACCAGAAUCAUCACUCUCCAUUUCAGAAGUGGAUAAGUCACCAUCGCAUUCCUCUAUGGCAUCUCCCUCGCCUUCGCGUGCAGUAGAGAAUCUUGCCUCUCCAGCACAUCGAGCAAGUCCCUUGACUACUCAGCCCUCAACAAGAAUCCAUUGCAUGAAAGCAGCAGCAACCGCUCCUUUGACCUUUGUGAUAGAUCCAUCUGCUGCUGAAUUUGUGGGGCAUGAAUCUCCAGUCUCAGCUUUUGUCCCGCCCCCGCCACCAUUGCCUCCAGAAUUGUGUACGUCAUGGGACUUCUUUGAUCCCAUUGAUGCUGCUAGUAGCUCUUCCUCCAACAAUGAGAAUGGAGUAACCUUGAACUUCAGUAGAUUGAAGGGUCUAAGAGAGUCACGGGUAGCUGAAGUAGUUCCAUUGAAAGAAGGUGAAGAAGAAAUCAUGUCUGAAAGAAAGCAUACAGAGCUUCCUGAUGAUAAUGCACCAUCUAAGCAGGAAAGAGAACCAAAGCAAGGUGGGACUAGGAAACCAAGUCAGUUGGUGGAUACUUCAACCAAAGCUACUUCUGAGCAGGUUGCUGCAAAAUUGGAGGAAAGCGAAAUGGAAAAAGAAUUAUGUGCGGAGGCAGAGGAUCCUUCAGAGUUCAUCACUCAUCGAGCCAAAGAUUUUGUGUCGAGCAUGAAGGACAUUGAAACCCGGUUUAUGCGUGCAGCUGAAGCAGGAAAUGAGGUUUCCAGAAUGCUUGAAACCAAGAAGAUCAGACUUGACAUAUGUGCUAAAAUGCCAGGUUCUCCAGGCAAGCUACCUACUGCCCGAUUUGUGUCAGCACUUCGAGUGUGCUGCAAUCGUGAUGUUAUUCUCAACCAGGAAACUGCGCAGCAUGUCUCAAAGGUUGUCACAUGGAAGCGUUCUGUCUCAUCUCUUUCAUCAUCAUCUAAGAGUGCACUUAUGACAUCGAUAAUUAAAGAUGAUGUGGAUGACAGUAAUAGUGAUUUUGUUGAGGAAUUCGCCAUGGUAUCUGGAAGCCACUCUUCUACUUUGGACAGGCUACACGCAUGGGAGAGAAAACUAUAUGAUGAAAUCAAGGCCAGUGAAAAUGUUAGAAACGCCUAUGAUGAGAAAUGUAACCUCCUCCGGCGUCAAUUUGCACGAGGCCUAAAUGCGCAGCUGAUUGAUAAGACUAGAGCUGUUGUGAAGGAUCUCCAUUCCAGGGUAUCUGUUGCGAUUCAAGCUGUUGAUGCAAUCUCUAAAAGAAUUGAGAAGAUAAGGGAUGAAGAACUGCAGCCACAACUUGUCGAGCUAAUUCAAGGGCUAAUCAGAAUGUGGAAAUUGAUGCUGGAAUGUCACCACAAACAGUUCAUCACGAUCACAUUGGCAUACCAUGUGAAAAACUCAACCCCAGUGCAUCAAGGCGAGCACCGCCGCCAGGCGGCAAUGCAUCUGUGCAAUGAGAUGGACAGCUUCUCCUCCAGCUUCAGAAACUGGGUCACUGCUCACAAAUCGUAUGUUGAGGCCCUCAAUGCAUGGCUGCAGAAGUGCCUCCUGCAGCCACCCCAGGACCGCCGGAGGCGUAAGCGCAAGGUCUCCUUCCCUCCCCGUCAGGCCGUCUCCCCUCCCAUAUUUGUCCUCUGCAGGGACUGGCUUGCCAUGACAGAAUCUCUUCCUGCUGACGAGGUAUGCAAGUCCCUCAAAGAUGUGAUGCAGCUCCUCCGUGACUCGUUUGAGCACCAGGAUGAGCAGAACAAGCCCAGAAGUGAGUCGCAGGAGUGUGGGAUGCUGGAGAACAACAGCGAACCAGAGGCGGCGAAGAGUGGGAGUGGGAGUGUAGCGUCAGCUGAAGGGCUGCAGUCGAGACUAACAGCAGUUCUUGACCGCCUGACAAAGUUCUCGGAGGCAUCACUGAAGUGCUACGAGGAGCUCAAGCAGAACUAUGAGAUGGCUUGUGAUGAUUACAAGAGAGUUGGACCAAAUGCUCCACAUGCUUAAGAUAUGUCGAUUGUGGUGUAUGACUUCUUCCUAUCUGUUCUGGAUGACAAAUUCUAGUGUUUUGGUAUAUAUUUUGUGAACAAUCAGGUUGUAGUACAAUCUUUUGCCUAAUAUUAGUGAUAGUGCAGUCAGUUAUGUAUGCCUCAGUGUUACAGAUUUUAAGCUUCGUCACCUGUCCCUGAUGCUUGGAAAGGCGUAUGAGAACCGUUGUGACAAAGAUAUAUCAGGCAACGUAUCAUGAGUUAUGCGCGCAUGUAAUCUGUGUCUCACCUUGCAGAUAUGGCAUAUGUACUGGCACUCUGGCAUUAUUAUUUAGAAAAGUUCUGCA